AUGGCAGUCAUCAGCUGGAAGUUAUGGAAAGACAUAUGUUGUGUUGUCUUUAGUAACAAAAUCUCUACUCCUAAUCAACUCUUACAUAGAAUUAAUAAGUUCAUUAGCGACUCUAAAUCUGUCUGCAUGUCUAAUCCCCAGUAUACUAGAAAGGCUCUUAAUAUUAAAUGGUUACCUCCACCAGUGGAUGUUGUUAAAUUGAAUACUGAUGAAUCUUUCUGUCAUGUAACUAAAAAGGGUGGAUAUGGACUGAUUUUUCAGAAUUUUGCAGGUACUCACUUAGCCUCAGCCUGCAAGUACUAUCAAGUAGCAUCGGGACCUAAACAACUCGAAUGCUUGGCGGUUCUGGAGUCAUUAAAGUUUGCAAUAAGGUGGAAGUUUAAAAUGAUUGACAUUGAAGUUGAUUACCAAGCUCUAGCUAGAGAAAUCCAGGGGGAAGAAUCUGAUGUUCCUUGGGAGUCAAGAGGGAUUGUUGAUGACAUUAAGUUUCUUUUACCUUCUUUUGAUUUAUGGUCAUGUAAGCACACAAAUAGACAGGCUAAUAAGUGUGCAGAUAGUCUUGCUAAACAUGGUAUAAAGGAAGGUAUCUCUGAUACUUGGUUUGGAAAACCCCCUUCAUUCUUUUUAAACAAUAUUCAGCAUGACUGUGCUUAUUAA